AUGCCCGGCCCAGCAAGGCCUCCCUCUACCCUCCCUACCACGAGGAGGUCAGGUUUGCGACAACCACUUCGACGUGCGGGCCCAGCGGUUCCAGCGGUUCCAGAGCGCCAUGCCUCUCCUGCGCUAUCUACACCCUCAGUGCGAUCAUCUACACCCUCAGUACGAUCAUCUACAAUAAGCACUGCACGCGCACCACCGAGAAGCCCGGAGAAGCAGAACGCUGCGACUAAACGCAAAGAGAAGGAUUACGAACGAGGUGUCAAUGAAGAUACAAGCAUUCACGUGGUGGUCCGUUGUCGCGGGCGCAGUGAUCGCGAAAUCAAGGAAAACAAUGGUGUCGUUUUGUCGACCCCAGAAGGCGUAAAGGGCAAGACCCUUGACCUGUCGAUGGGUCCGAAUGCGGUCUCGAAUAAAACAUACGCUUUCGACAAAGUCUUCUCUCCAGCAGCCGAUCAAACAACUGUGUUUGAUGAUGUGGUCACGCCAACUGUGGAUGAGAUGUUAGCAGGUUACAAUUGUACGAUUUUCGCCUAUGGACAGACCGGCACGGGAAAGACAUACACCAUGUCAGGAGACAUGAACGAUACUCUGGGUAUUUUAUCUGAUGACGCGGGAAUCAUUCCGCGAACACUCUACUCUCUUUUCCAGAAACUGGAAGGCACGGAAAGCACAGUGAAGUGCUCAUUCAUCGAACUUUACAACGAGGAACUCCGGGAUCUCUUAUCUUACGACGACAGUACGAAAUUGAAGAUCUACGAGAAUGAGAAGAAAGGAGGACACAGCACAAUGGUUCAAGGCAUGGAAGAGACGUACAUCGACUCUGCCUCGACGGGCAUCAGGCUACUGCAAACAGGCAGUCAUAAGCGUCAAGUGGCUGCGACAAAAUGCAACGACUUAAGUUCCCGGAGUCACACCGUCUUCACGAUUACCGUUCUCACAAAACGAACAACCGAGACUGGCGAGGACUACAUCAGCUCAGGAAAAUUGAACCUGGUUGAUCUGGCGGGCAGUGAGAACAUUGGGCGAAGUGGCGCAGAGAACAAGCGUGCAGCAGAAGCCGGUCUCAUCAACAAGAGUCUUCUUACCCUCGGCAGGGUCAUCAAUGCCCUAGUGGAUAAAAGCUCGCACAUCCCCUACAGGGAAUCAAAACUCACACGACUACUUCAAGACUCUCUUGGAGGCCGAACGAAAACAUGUAUCAUUGCCACUGUCUCCCCCGCGCGAAACAACCUUGAAGAAACCAUCUCUACCCUUGAUUAUGCUUUCCGCGCAAAGAACAUCCGCAACAAACCACAGAUCAACUCUAUCAUCUCCAAAAACAAGCUUCUUCGGGAUAUCGGGAUGGAAAUCGAGAAGCUCAAAAGUGAGCUGAUCGCUACAAGACAUCGCAACGGUGUCUACAUGACGCCCGAUGCUUAUGAAGAGAUGACCAUGGAAAGCGAAUCACGACGCAUUGUGAACGAGGAGCAACGCGCUAGGAUUGAGUCUAUGGAGUCCAGUCUGAAACACAAAGUCUCGGAGCUACUUUCUAUUACUGGCAACUUCAAUUCACUAAAGCAUGAUAAUGAAGAGACGCAGACGAAGCUCAAUGACACGAAAGAAGUUCUCAACGAAACCGAGAAAUUCUGGAAAGAAACUCAGGAGAAGCUCGACGAAGAGAAGGCUGUACGCAAGGCCCACCAAAGUACGGAAAAGCAGCUCCGUGACAUUGGUGCCGGGCUUGUUUCAACUCUGAACAGUACGGUUCAAGAUGUGAAUGGGCUUCACGCCAAAUUGGACCGCAAAGAUAGUUUGGAGACACAGAACCGUCAAACUUGGCAGACCUCAACUGGCGAGGUCUCGGAUGUGACACAGCAAAUCGAUGCUCGCAUGGAGGUUUUCCAAAACCAGCAUGCCAGACUCUUGGAGGAUAUGUCAGAGAAGAUUCAUGAAUUUGUCGACCACGAGCUGAACACUGUCAAGUCUACUCGCUCAACACUCCGGGACCUAGGUGCAUCCUUCGACAAAGUCGAGGCAGAAGCAAAAAACAACACGUCUAGUGCCCACAACGACAUGAACGAGGUUCUAGAAGAAAUCAAGGAUCUCCGCGAAGAAGUCAAAUCCAAGGUCGGCGAAGGUCUCAAUGGGUUGUCCGCCGCUGCGGCUCGAAUCUCAAAGGAAGUCAUUGGGGAAUUUUCUGAGUUCCACUCCCAGCUUCAUACCUCGUAUAGUACACUGGGAAAAGACUUCAAAUCCAUGUUUGAAAGCAUGGCAAAGCAUUUGGACGAGCAGAAGUCGGAAGUCAACAAACUACGUCUCGAGCUGCAAGCAGCUAACCGCCAGACAGUAGAGGCCAACAGGAAGGCUUCGUCUAAUAUUGCGCAGGUCUUGGAUGAGGAACACGCGAGCGCACAAUCUGAACGUGAUACUCUCAUGUCUCAUAUCCGAGGACUACUUGAGGACUCAACCAAACGGCAGAACAACCGUCUUAAGGGAAAAUUUGACACCCUUCGCAACGACAUCUCGGCAUCAGGUGACUCCCUGGAGCAUUCCACCGCACAGCACGAUAGACAUGUCGAUGAGUGGAUAUUCAAGGAGGAGCAGUUCGCCAAGGACAUCGCUGCAUCCAAGGAAGAAAUCAAGGCUCGCAUGCAGAACGAUUGGGAGACCUUUGACCAGCGAAAUGCCUCAAUUCAUCGCGCAACCGAGUCUGUGCAUCAAGAGACUGUGCGCAUCGUGGAUGCUCAAAUGAGUGACAUGGGCACACAAAUGGCCGCACUAGAUGACUUUGUUGCCAAAGCCCGUUCUCAAAACGGUCGUUUCCACAAAUCCCACCUCAGCAGCCUAGAUGUGAUGGCGGAAAAUGUCCGUGAAUCUCGUUCGAAUGUCUAUGGUCAACUGGAUGGGCUCACGGGGCGCGUUGAGCAACUCCAGGGAGAUGUUAAAACACACACCACAACCCUGGUGCAAACCGUGGCACCUCUACAUACCGAGGUUCGCAAGCCACUCUCAGAAAUGCGUGUCCAGAUUCAAUCCCAUCCCAUGAAGGAAUACGUAUCCACGGGCAUUACGCCCCAGAAACGCCGCUACGAAUAUCCUUCCGAGUUACCCCAAACUGAACCCCACGACGGUUUACGCUCUCGACACCGCACAUCCAAGCAAUUCACUGCUCUUCCGUUCAAUGACGAAGAUCAGCAGGACUCGCUUGCGCCCAAUUCACCUCAAGUGCUCUCGCCGGCUAAGAAGUUUGUCUAUCACGAUACCCUGGAAGAGGUAGGCCACCCUCUUCCAUCCGCUACUCCACUCUCCAACACCGGUCUUAGAGAAGUCGACCCAAACGUCGCCAGACCGGUCGUUCCUGACGCUGAUGAAGGUUCCAACAAACCCGAAUCCCCGUUAGUGAUACCCGCAGCAGACCUUGAGGAGACACCUCCAAAGCUCGAACCGGAACAGUCUUCCCGUAAGCGUCGCCGCUCUAACUCGGCCGCUCCCACCGAUAGCAAGCUUCCUAAAACUAUGCUUUCCAAGAAGAUGACCGGUGUGAUGGACGGUCGUGAGAAUUCGCACUCUUCCACGGUUGGUGGCCGAAGAUUCAGAACCCGAUCCGAUCAGACAUGA